AGGGCUGGAUGUAGCCCGUUCUCCGGAGGACUUCCCCGCCUGCUGCAGGAAAGAGAAGGCUGAAAGACAAACCUGGGUGCAGCCGGAAAGGUCCAAAUAGAUGAGCUUGUGGCAUCCAUUCCCUAAACUCAGGGACUCCACCAUACCGCAUCUGGAUCUCAUUGCUCCUGAUCUGCAUUAGUUAAGAUUACCCAGACUUGGAUUUCAAAGGAACAGGUCCAUCGCUCCAUCGGUCACACUGAGUAACUGGGCCAGCUGGAUGUCAGGAUGCGCGUGGUUACUAUCAUCAUCCUGCUCUUUAUCUGUAAAGCCGCCGAGCUCCGCAGGGCAAGCCCCGGGGGUGUGAGAAACCGAGCGCGUCCUGGCCGGGUGGGUGCCGGCCGCAGAAGUGCCCACCCCGUCAAACGCUACGCACCAGGCCUCCCCUGCGAAGUGUACACGUAUCUCCACGAAAAGUACUUAGAUUGCCAAGAAAGAAAACUAGUUUAUGUGCUCCCUGACUGGCCUCAGGAUUUGCUGCACAUGCUGUUAGCAAGAAACAAGAUCCGCGUGUUGAAGAACAACGUGUUUUCCAAGUUCAAAAAGCUGAAAAGCUUGGAUCUGCAACAGAAUGAGAUCUCCAAAAUUGAGAGUGAAGCUUUCUUUGGUUUAAAUAAGCUUACCACUCUCUUACUGCAGCACAACCAGAUCAAAGCCUUGACCGAGGAGGUGUUCAUUUAUACACCUCUCCUGAGCUACCUGCGCCUGUAUGACAACCCCUGGCACUGCACCUGUGACAUGGAAACGCUUAUUUCAAUGUUGCAGAUUCCAAAGAACCGAAAUUUGGGGAACUACGCCAAGUGUGAAAGCCCACGAGAACUAAAAAAUAAAAAACUGCGGCAGAUAAGAUCCGAAGAGUUAUGUAAUGAAGAAGAAAAGAAACAGUUGGAGCCCAAACCCCAACUGUCAGGGAGACCCCCAGUCAUCAAGCCUGAAGCGGACUCUUCUCUUUGCCACAUUUACGUGUUUCCCAUACAAACACUGGACUGCAAAAGAAAAGAGUUGAAGAAAGUUCCAAACAACAUCCCUCCAGAUAUUGUUAAACUUGACCUGUCAAACAAUAAAAUCAACCAACUCCGACCCAAGGAGUUUGAAGAUGUUCAUGAGCUAAAGAAAUUAAACCUGAGCAGCAAUGGCAUUGAAUUCAUAGAUCCUGCUGCUUUUUUAGGACUCAUACAUUUAGAAGAGUUAGAUUUAUCAAACAACAGUCUGCAAAACUUCGACUAUGGAGUAUUAGAAGACUUGUAUUUUUUGAAACUCCUGUGGCUCAGAGAUAACCCCUGGAGAUGUGACUACAGCAUCCACUACCUCUACUACUGGUUAAAGCACCACUAUAACGUUCACUAUAAUGGCCUGGAAUGCAAAAUGCCUGAAGAGUACAAAGGGUGGUUUGUGGGGAAAUAUGUUCGGAGUUACUAUGAAGAAUGUCCCAAAGACAAAUUACCAGCAUACCCUGAAACAUUUGACCAGGAUACAGAAGAUGAUGAAUGGGAAAAAAUACAUAGGGAUCACACAGCAAAGAAGCAAAGUGUAAGAAUCACUAUAGUGGGAUAACUUAGAAAUUCUUCUGGUUGCAACUAGUUUUAUAUUUGCUAUACUGGUGUCAUGAAACCGACUGUUUACAUUUCGAUUAACUGUGCUGCCUAUUUAUGCAGGGUUAUCUAGUUAAAGGAAGGUUUCUAUUAUUGUUGUUGUCGUUGUUGUUAUUGUUAUUAUUAUUGUGGCAAUUAUAGUAAUCAAGGGAAUACUCUCUUCCUGCUUGCCUGCCUGUUUGCAGAACAGCCUUUGGUGAUGAUUCCACACUGAUAACCUGCAUAAAUUGGGUCCUAAUGAUGGCAUUAGAAUUUCAUAAUGUCCUGUAUAACUGUUUUUACUAAUUUUUGAAAAUAAUAAAAAACUGUUCAUUUUUACAUGCCUUUUGAUAGAUGCAUGUUUAUACCCAAACAUAAUCAAAAUGAAAAGAUACAAAUGCUUAGUAAUAAUA